AUGCAAGCCGACAGAUACGAGUCGGUAGCUGAUCCAAGCAAGAGGAGCCGACUCCUCGAGCUUCCCAACGAGUAUAUUGCGACUAUUCUUCCAAACGACAAGGACCUACUGAAUCUCGGACGAGUCUGCAAAGAAGCGAACGCUCGAAUCCUAGCUCCAAACGCACAUACCUGGCGCGCUCGAUUCGGUCAGAAAUAUGAUAUCCCCAAGGGACGAAGCUCCGAGGAAUUAUUCGUGGAGUAUCAGAUUCGCGCUAUUGUGCUUGGGCAGAAGAUCGAUUUCGAGAACCGAAUUCCCCGUUUGGAACAAACAAUCUGGUUGGAGGUUAUCCGGACUAUGUCACUCGAGGCUUUGCUUUUACCCUUGCGUGUCGGAGAGAAAUCAAAGACAUUUGAACAGCUCAAGGAGAGGAUUCGAUCUGUCAGCUUUCUCGAUCGACCUAAGAACAGUCACCCUUCAGAACUUUUUUAUGCCGUACAGCUGUGCUUAACUCCUCUCGCACUUGAUCCGGAGAUCUGUGUCGGCUGCCAUCGAGAGAACUAUGAUAUCGACAAGGUAUAUUCUUACACCAAGGACCCCAGUGGACCUUGGAUUGAAGGCAACAACCUAGACCUGGGCACGCUGUUGGACAUUCGAAGUUUCUGGCAGAGACACCUGUUGACCUCCAAUGAGGGAACGUUCUAUAAGAGUUUCCUUCGACUAACCGAGAGCCUGAAACCCCAAUUCCGAAAGACAGAUGGUUCCAACCCCACGAGCCUGUGCACAUCUUGGUUAGGAUAUUACUCUUGUGUUCACCCUUUCCCGAGUACAUUGGCUGAUCUUCGCCGUCGACAAACAUGCGCCGAUCUAAGUUCUCAUUGGGAUCAGGUUGAAAUGAUGACCUUGGAUAUUGUGGCACAAUCAUCUGAGUGGUUUUGGCCCGAGAGAUGCAAUCGGAUCAUACCACAGAGCGAAUCUCCUAGUAUACGCGCGGAGACAGUGUACUUCAAUGGCUACCAGAGAACAUUUGGGGGUAAAUGCGAUACCGCGAAUCCGAUGUUUGGUUUUGUUGAGCCCAUCAAGACCGCCUAUGGUGGCUUCAGUGGAUGGGCGCGCAUUUGCUUCAUUCUCUGUGAGCAAGUCCAUGGAACCGAUAAGAGCAUCACUGAGUCUCCCGGCUGGGUUCAUGGCUAUGAGGCUGUUAUUCUCCCUGGGGGUCGAAUGAUGCUGGGGCGAUGGCUAGAUAUGAAGGAAACGAGUGCCAGGGGGCCUUUCAUAUUCUGGGAUAUCUAA